AUGGGUGAAUCCAAUGCCAGUUUGAUGCAGCAAUUGUUGGAAUGCCAAGCUGAGCAGGAGAGGUUCAAGAAGAGGUGCGAAGACUUGGCGGCGGAGCUGAAUCGCCGGCAGGAGUCGUACAUGAGGCGGGAGGCUCGACAGAACCUGAAAAUCACUCAGCUGCAGUCCCUGAUCGAAAAACUGCAGGGGGAGCAGAAGGAAGGGGCUGAGGGCAUGCAGUCGGCUGAAACGAGGCAGCAAUUCAUUCUGGCAGCGCAACAGAGCAUCACGGAAGGGGUUCAAAAUCUGUUGGACAAACAGAAGUCAAAGAUUCAGGUGGAGGAGUCGGCUGUGCUUAAGGGCUUCAGGGACCGCCUCAGAGAAGUGGAGGAUCGCAUUCUCGCUGAGCGAACAAACAGGAGCGGAGAGCAGUCGGGAUGGGUGGAGCAAGCGAUGGAACUGCGAGAAGAACUCGAGAAUAUGAAGGGGAUUGCGGGUCGCCUAGAAAGUGAGUACAAGAACAGCCAGAAGGAGUGUCAAAGGCUUAAGACGGAGCGCAGCUGCCACCUUAAAAAUGGUGAUCUUCAAGCAAAGCGUUUGGUCGCAGUCAAGAAAGAGAACAACACACUCAAGAGCGAGCUCAAAGCCCUUCACGGCCACUUGCAGACAUUGCUUGGCGAUUGCGCCGAUUCUGGAAUCUGUUCAGAACACUUGCGCAAUGGUGAACACAAAAACAGCGGUGCUGAAGAUGGAAACAGUGUACCUUCAGGCACAGUUCCGUACUGUGGUUGUUGCACGCAUAGUGCAUUGGGACUUGACGGACUUCCUCACCAACGAAUGUCACAGUUGAAUCUAAUGUAA